AUGGCGAUCUCGGCUCAGACCUGCGGCGCAUCUCGCCUAGUCCCGGCUCUGUGCGGCCAAAUAAUCCUGUGCCUGGUCCUCUCGACUCCCGCCGCCGAGGGCUUCAGCUUCCCCCAGCAGUACACGAUGCAGUAUUGGGCCAGAAGGCUGGAGCAAGAGAUUGAUGGAGUGAUGAGGAUAUUUGGGGGAGUUCAGCAGCUAAAAGGGAUCUACAAUGACAAAAAGAAUCAGUUUGAAGUAAAAGAAAAUGUCCCAAAGAAAAUAGUGGAAAAAGUGGCAGGCGACAUUGAGAGCCUCUUGGCCAAGAAGGUCCGGGCCUUAAAGAGAGUGGCUGAUGCAGCAGAAAAGUUUCAGAAAGCCCAUCGUUGGCAAGACAACAUUGCGGAGAAUGAUAUUGAAUACUAUGACUCCAAGGCUGACACAAAAUAUGAUGGUCCAGAGGGAGAAGAAAUUGAAGGAGAACCAUCCAACUCCUUGAAGCUAGAAUUCAUAGAUGACGUAAAUUUUAAAACGAAGGUUAACUAUUCUUACGCUGCUGUACAGAUACCUACAGACAUCUACAAAGGCUCUACUGUAAUUCUCAACGAGCUGAACUGGACAGAAGCCCUGGAGGAUGUAUUUGUUGAAAACCGAAAAGAAGACCCAUCUCUGCUAUGGCAGGUCUUUGGCAGUGCCACAGGUGUGACUCGCUUCUAUCCAGCUACUCCCUGGAGGGUGCCUGAUAAGAUUGACCUAUACGAUGUUCGACGAAGGCCUUGGUACAUUCAAGGGGCUUCGUCUCCAAAGGACAUGGUGAUCAUUGUGGAUGUGAGUGGCAGUGUUAGUGGUCUGACACUGAAGCUAAUGAAGACAUCAGUGUACGACAUGCUGGACACACUCUCUGAUGAUGACUAUGUUAAUGUGGCUUCAUUUAACCAAAAUGCACAGCCGGUAUCGUGCUUCAAGCAUUUAGUCCAGGCAAAUAUCCGAAACAAGAAGGUCUUCAAAGAAGAUGUGGAAAUAAUGGUAGCCCAAGGAACCACGGAUUACAAAGCAGGCUUUGAGUAUGCCUUUGAGCAACUGCAGAAUUCCAACAUCACAAGAGCCAAUUGCAAUAAGAUGAUCAUGAUGUUCACUGAUGGAGGAGAAGACCGAGUACAGGAUGUGUUCGAGAAGUAUAACUGGCCAAACAAGACGGUACGAGUAUUCACCUUUUCAGUUGGACAACAUAAUUAUGAUGUCACUCCCCUCCAGUGGAUGGCUUGUGCUAACAAAGGAUAUUAUUUUGAAAUUCCAUCUAUCGGGGCCAUCCGAAUUAACACUCAGGAAUACCUGGAUGUUCUAGGAAGACCCAUGGUCCUGGCGGGGAACAAGGCAAAACAGGUUCAGUGGACCAAUGUCUAUCAAGAUGCUUUGGGCCUAGGCUUGGUAGUGACGGGCACUCUGCCAGUGUUCAACCUCACUGAUGGCGGCAGUGAAAAGAAGAACCAACUCAUCCUAGGUGUUGUGGGAAUUGAUGUGGCUCUAAAUGAUAUCAAGAAGCUGACGCCGCAGUACAAUUUAGGGGCUAAUGGCUAUGUAUUCGCUAUUGACCUGAAUGGCUAUGUAUUACUACACCCAAAUCUACGACCCAAGAUCAUUAAUUUCCAGGAACCUGUGACCCUCGAUUUCCUUGAUGCAGAACUAGAAGAUGAGAACAAAGAGGAGAUCCGAAGAAGUAUGAUAGAUGGACAUGAGGGGCAGAGAAACAUCAAGACUCUGAUCAAGUCCCAGGAUGAGAGAUACAUAGAUGAAGUAUACAGGACCUAUACCUGGGCACCUAUCAAAAGCACAAACUACAGCCUAGGUUUGGUCUUGCCACCCUAUAGCACGUACUACAUUCAAGCUAAUCUCAGUGACCAGAUUCUCCAGGUGAAGUUACCAAUCAGCAAAGUGAAGGAUUUUGAAUACCUGCUGCCAAACAGCUUUGAGUCCGAGGGACAUGUAUUCAUUGCUCCAAGAGAAUAUUGCAAAGCCCUCAACCUGUCGGAUAACAACACUGAAUUCCUGGAAAACUUUAUCGCCCUCAUGGAAAAGGUGACACCCGACUCUGAGCAAUGUAAUAACUUCCUCCUUCACAACCUUAUCCUGGACACAGGAAUCACACAACAGCUGGUAGAGAGAGUAUGGAAGAAUCAAGACCUAAACACGUACAGCCUCCUUGCUGUGUUUGUUGCCACUGAUGGUGGCAUCACCCGCAUUUUCCCUAACAAAGCCGCCGAGGAUUGGGAAGAGGAUCGAGAGCCCUUCAAUGCCAGCUUCUAUCGGAGGAGCUUAGAUAACAAAGGCUACAUCUUUAAGCCUCCUUACCGAGAUCCCAGCUACAAAGAAUCAGAGCUGGAAAACAACACAGUUGGAAUCCUUGUUAGCACUGCUGUUGAGCUCAGCUUUGGCAGGAGGUCCCUGAAGCCAGCAGUGGUUGGAGUGAAACUAGACUUGGAGGCCUGGGCAGAAAAAUUUAAGGUCCUUGCAAGUAACCGAACAGAAAGAGAUCAGCUGGGAACACGAAGGUGUGACCCCUCCACAAGUUGUGAGAUGGACUGUGAAGCUAAUUACAAGGACCUCUUGUGUGUACUGAUUGACGAUGGGGGUUUUCUGGUGCUCUCCAACCAGGAAGAUGAUGCAUCCCAGGUAGGAAAGUUCUUCAGUGAGGUGGAUGCUCACCUGAUGUCUGCUCUGUACAACAAUUCUUUCUUCACAAGGAAAGAAUCAUAUGAUUUUCAAUCUGUCUGUACUCCAGAAGCUCCAAGUAACACAGGAGGUGGCCCACGUGGGGUAUAUGUGCCAACCAUGGCAGAUUUCCUGAACCUGGCCUGGUGGACCUCAGCAGCUGCAUGGUCUCUGUUUCAGCAGUUCUUGUAUGGGCUAACCUACAACAGCUGGUUUCAAACAGAGGAUGUUGCAGCAGACAGCAUGGAGACCAAGGAGACCAGCUGCAUUAUGAAACAGACCCAGUACUAUUUUAGUACAGUUAACUACACUUACAACACCAUCAUUGACUGUGGAAAUUGUUCCAGGCUAUUCCAUGCACAAAGGCUUGCCAGCACCAACCUUCUGUUUGUUGUAGCAGAAAAGCCAAUAUGCAGUCAGUGUGAAUCCACCAAACUUCUCCAAGCAGAAGUAAAGGCUCCACCACGAGAACCCAAUCAAUGUGAGCUGGUAGAAAAGCCACGAUAUCGAAAAGGUCCCCACAUCUGUUUCGACUACAAUGCAACGGAAGAUACCUCAGACUGUGGCAGAGGAGCAUCAUUUAGACCUUCCUGGAAUAUCUUGAUAUCUCUGCAGCUCCUCCUCCUCUAUUUGACUGCCUGUUGCAAUCCACUGCCCUUGGCAUCUUGCCUUUGAAACAUUCAUUUAGUCCAGCCCAUCCAUGUUUGUUUUAUGCGCCAUCUCCAUCUCCUCCAGACUUGCCAGAGGAGGGCAGCUGUCUAGUCCUAUCAACUCUGGUUACACCUUGGCUCUCACUCAUGAGGACGUUCUUUCUUCAUUCAGAAGUUCAGAAGCUAUUUUCAUUGUUUGUUUCUUGUUUUCUCCCAUCCUCUCCUUGUCCUUCCAGUGUCUCUGCACAGCAGGUUGUGCAAACACAGAGCUCUGAGCAAGACUUGGAGAAGCACAAACCACCGUGACCUUCUCCACACUGAACAUCCUUGAGCUUUGAUUCAUUGUUCUCCUUUCCACUCAUUGAGCUGUUGGCCAAAUAAGAAGAACAGUGGCCUCAUAAUUUCCCCCCAUUGAAUCUGUGGAAUUCUGGGAGACUUUUAUCAGUUUCAUCAGGAGGUGUCUCAUCAUUUUCUCUUAAAAGUAUUUAACCAACAGUGCUGACAAAUUACUAUUGUGUUUGAAAUUUACCCUCCCAUUCCAAUCAUGCAAACAGCAACAACAAAAAUCAAUAGAGCAGAAAAAGUGGUAUAUUCUUGCCAAAUCAAUUCUGUAGUUUAGUUAACUUUUCAGCCAAUUCCAAUGGCUUGUGAAACUCAAAGUAACCCUAGGAUGUCACCACAGCAUCUCCAUUCCACUCGGUUCACGCUGUGCUUUCCAAGGCCAUCGUUGCUGAAUCUCUCGUUAGUUAGAUUCCAUUUCUGAUCAAUUUUUAAAUUAUGAUUUUAUUUUUAGCCUGAAGAUUUUAAACUAGAUCUUUCUACAUCUGAUUUCCAAGCAUUUUAGCCUGACAAAUUAUAGUAUUUGUUGUCAGCAACAAGGACACAAAGGAAAAAAUGGAUUUGACUUGAAUUUUAUGGUCAGUAUUAUUUAUUUAAACCAGUAACUCCAUAUUAUGAGGACUUGUAGAGCGAGCAGGGGAGAAGACUGUGUGUUUCUAGUAGCCCUUGCAUGGAUGGAUCAAACAGUGGUUCUCAUUAUCAUCAGCAAAAUGAAUACUAAGGUACCAUAACAGAUAACAGAUAUAACCCACAUCCAACUUCCCCGUCUCAGAUCAUUUCCUUGCCCAGAAAUUUUGAUUAAUCAAGAAAACAUUUAUUAUUUUUCCCACUUCCUAAAUUACGACAAACCUUUCAUUUUUUUAUUACUGCUGUAUCCAUCCCUUGAGGAGGACCAAAGGUGAAGCUGGCCAAGCUGAAGGUUUCCUUCUUCCAAGUGCACACUGUCCCUUUCCCCCUGCCGGAUACUUUCCUUCACCUCUGGCUGAUGCAAUAUAUGCCAAACCAAACCCAGAAGGUGCUAGCCAAAGGCUUUCUUCCUAAACUUCAUGAGAAUCAUUAUUGUACCUUUACAGUUCCCGUCAGUUAUCCAGUAUCAGAAAUACAGCGAUGAAUAGAGCACAACCAAGCCCCUUAAAGCAGAUCAUUUGCAGAGUACUGAUUAUGUUCUAUGUACUUUAAAAGGGAAAUGUGAAAGUACUCUGUGUUACAGCAAAAAUUAUUAUGACACCUGCCACUCAUCUCAAACCAAAAGAACCCUUCAGAGUGGCAUUGCAGGUAGAUGUUCCAUGUCUGGGAUUAUUAUUGACAGCAUCCACACAAUCUGUUACAGGUUUUUAAAUGAGAGUAAAACUAUAAUUCACCAUG